CUCUAACUCUCUCUCUCUCUCUCUCUAAUUCUCUCUCCAACUCGUCGUCGUCUUCGUCUUCGUCUCCUCUUCGCUCUCCACGAGCUCUCCCAAUCCCCCAUUUCUCCGCCUAUUCCCCGCCGAUCUUCUCCCUCGCGCAGGCGAUUCCUCCUCGGCGUCGCCUUCGCCGUGCGAUCCCCUCCCGAUCGAGAUUCUUGCAGUUCGAGUCUGAGCAAUUGGUGGAGCUCGAAUGCUGCAUUUUGUCGAACGAAAGGGAGAAUUUUGAUCAAUAUAAAUCUUUUUAAAUUGGAUUUUCAAAGAUGUUAGAGGGCCCUAAAUUCCACGGAAUCAUGGGAGGUGGUGGCGGCGGCCAUGACCACAAUAGUAACAUAUACGACAUGGCUUACUACCACAAGCUUGGUGAGGGUUCCAACAUGUCAGUCGACAGUAUCAAUAGCUUACAAACCACCAACAAUGGUGGCUCGAUUGCUAUGUCUGUAGACAACAGCAGUGUCGGCUCAAGCGACUCACACACCGCCAUCCUUAACCAUGCCUCUGGGCUCCGCCCACACCCACCUGCCAACCAUUCGAUAGGAAACAGUGUGUUUCGCCCCAGUAGGGUUUCUCAUCCCCUUAACAAUGAUGCCUUAUCUCGGGCGUUGAUGGACCCGCAAUACCCUACACAGCCGCUCAUGGAUUUUGAGGAGUGGACGCUUGAUUUGGGGAAGCUUAACAUGGGAAUGCCAUUUGCUCAGGGGGCUUUUGGGAAGCUUUAUAAAGGCACCUACAAUGGAGAAGAUGUUGCAAUUAAGCUGCUGGAAAAGCCUGAGAAUGACCUGGAGAGAGCGCAGUUGAUGGAACAACAGUUCGCUCAGGAGGUUAUGAUGCUGGCCACUUUGAAGCACCCGAAUAUAGUGAGGUUUAUUGGGGCUUGCAGAAAGCCUAUAGUUUGGUGCAUCGUUACUGAGUACGCAAAGGGUGGUUCGGUGCGGCAAUUUCUAAUGAGAAGGCAGAACAGGUCGGUGCCGCUGAAGCUGGCGGUGAAGCAGGCACUUGAUGUUGCCAAGGGAAUGGCUUAUGUUCAUGGAUUAGGGUUUAUUCACAGGGAUCUCAAGUCGGACAACCUACUGAUCUUUUCGGACAAAUCCAUCAAGAUUGCGGACUUUGGUGUGGCCCGCAUUGAGGUGCAGACCGAAGGGAUGACUCCGGAGACAGGAACAUAUCGUUGGAUGGCACCAGAGAUGAUCCAGCACAGACCUUACACCCAGAAAGUCGAUGUGUAUAGCUUUGGUAUUGUCCUGUGGGAGCUCAUAACUGGCAUGCUUCCCUUUGCAAACAUGACAGCUGUCCAGGCGGCAUUUGCGGUUGUGAACAAGGGUGUCCGUCCUAUUGUACCGCCGGACUGCCCACCCUCCCUUGGCGAGAUCAUGACCCGCUGUUGGGAUGCGAAUCCCGAUGCACGUCCCCCUUUUACCGAAAUCGUUGCUAUGCUCGAGAAUGCCGAGAUGGAGAUCAUGAGCACCGUCCGGAAGGCUCGAUUCCGGUGUUGCAUUUCCGAGCCUAUGACCACAGAAUGAAACCCUAGAGAGGGGAAAAAGUUGAAAAGAAGAAAAAGGAAAAAAAGAAAAGAAAGAGUAGUGAUUCAUGUAUCUCCGAACGUACUCAGAAUAUUGUCGAUGAGUCAACUUGAUAUAUAUACAGCGGCCACCGAAUGUUUUAACUUUUCAGAUUGCGUGCCAGUUUUGAAAUGUAAAAAAGUUAAACCAAUCACUAGCCGCCGCAUAUGUACAACCGACUCGAACAAUAUUAUACGGUACCGUCUGAGGUACAUGCAGCAUUACUUAAAAGGCGAAGGAAGAAAAAGAGUAAGGCAGCCCAAGUAUGUUCUAUCUAUCAUUUUAAUGGACUGAUUUAUUGGAGAAAAAAAGAAUUUGUUGUGUUUGUGGGUUUCUAGUUGCUUUUCCUCUACGAGAGGUUUACUUUUCUAGGGUUUUCCUCCUCUGGGUUUCUUUCUUUUCUUGUUGGAUCUUUUAUGAUGUUGGUAAGCUUCAUAGCUUAUUUUGUCUUUGUGAAAUAUAUAUAUAUAAUAUAUAUGUUCUUCUCCUGCCUGUUCUGUGAGAUACGUGAAUUUGCUGUCUCUGACAGACCUAUCCUCUCUGUCAUAUCUCCAAUGAUAUAUAACAUAGUAGUCAUCCAAUAAAUGCUUCUUUAGUACUGCAUUA